AGAGCAGUAUUCAUCUAGAGAUCUUCACGGUGUGGACACAGAAGAGCAAUUGCAGUAUAUGCAGGUACUAGAGUCCAGAAAUCUAAAAUCAGGAUGCUGACUGGGCCAUGUUUCUCCUGAAGGCGCUAAGGAGGCUCUUUCCUUCUCUCCUUCCUUUGGAUGGUUCCAAGCUUUCCAGGGCUGUGGUAGCAAGCAUCCCGCCUUUAUCUUCACUUGAUCACCUUCCCUGUCUUUGCCUCUUAGAGAGACUGAGAACACACAGCAUUGAGUCGUCAGGAAAACUGAAGAUCUCCCCUGAACAACACUGGGAUUUCACUGCAGAGGACUUGAAAGACCUUGGAGAAAUUGGACGAGGAGCUUAUGGUUCUGUCAACAAAAUGGUCCACAAACCAAGUGGGCAAAUAAUGGCAGUUAAAAGAAUACGGUCAACAGUGGAUGAAAAAGAACAAAAACAACUUCUUAUGGAUUUGGAUGUAGUAAUGCGGAGUAGCGAUUGCCCGUAUAUUGUUCAGUUUUAUGGUGCGCUCUUCAGAGAGGGUGACUGUUGGAUCUGUAUGGAACUCAUGUCUACCUCGUUUGAUAAGUUUUACAAAUAUGUAUAUAGUGUAUUAGAUGAUGUUAUUCCAGAAGAAAUUUUAGGCAAAAUCACUUUAGCAACUGUGAAAGCACUAAACCACUUAAAAGAAAACUUGAAAAUUAUUCACAGAGAUAUCAAACCUUCAAAUAUUCUUCUGGACAGAAGUGGAAAUAUUAAACUCUGUGACUUUGGCAUCAGUGGACAGCUGGUGGACUCCAUUGCCAAGACAAGAGAUGCUGGGUGUAGGCCAUACAUGGCACCUGAAAGAAUAGACCCAAGUGCAUCCCGACAAGGCUAUGAUGUCCGCUCUGAUGUCUGGAGUUUGGGGAUCACGCUGUACGAGUUGGCCACAGGCCGAUUUCCUUAUCCAAAGUGGAAUAGUGUAUUUGAUCAGCUAACACAAGUGGUGAAAGGAGAUCCUCCACAGCUGAGUAAUUCGGAAGAAAGGGAAUUCUCCCCCAGUUUCAUCAACUUUGUCAACUUGUGCCUUACGAAGGAUGAAUCUAAAAGGCCAAAGUAUAAAGAACUUCUGAAACAUCCCUUUAUUUUGAUGUAUGAAGAACGUACCGUCGAGGUAGCAUGCUAUGUUUGUAAAAUCCUGGAUCAAAUGCCAGCUACUCCCAGCUCUCCUAUGUAUGUCGACUGAUAUCGCUGCUACAUUAGACUCUAGAAAAAAGGGCUGAGAGGAAGCAAGACGUAAUGAUUUCAUCCUGUAUCACAGUGUUUUUACUGCUCGCCCAGACACCAUGUGCAAUAAGAUUGGUGUUCGUUUCCAUCAUGUCUGUAUACUUCUGUCACCUAGAACGUGCAUCCCUGUAAUACCUGAUUGAUCACAGUGUUAGUGCUGGUCAGAGAGACCUCAUCCUGCUCUUUUGUGAUGAACAUAUUCAUGACAUGUGGAAGUCAGUACGAUCAAGUUGUCGACCGUGAUUAGAUCACAUCUUAAAUUCAUUUCUAGACUCAAAACCUGGAAACACAGCUACUGGAAUGGUAUUUUGUCAGACUUCCAAAUCUUGGAAGGACGUGGUGAUGGAUGUAAUAUGACCCGGGCUUGAGUGAGAAGAGCUUGCACAGCCAGCGAGACACAUUGCCUUCUGGAGCUGGGAGACAAAGGAGGAAUUUACUUUCUUCACCAAGUGCAAUAGAUUUACUGAUCUGAUAUUCUGUUGCUUUACAGUCAUAGUCGAUGUUUGGGGAUCAGUGUGCUCAGCCAAACUUCCUGUUUGAAAUAUCAUGUCAAAUUAGAUGAAUUUAUCUUUACUGAAAACCAUGUUGCAUUCAAAGAGGUGAACAUUAAAAUAUUGGGACAGGACAGGAUGUGUUCUUUUAUCCUUUAUCAGUCCUGCUCUUCAGUGGGAAGAUUCAGGAGUCUGCCACUUGCCAUAGAAGGUGCUGCCAACUCAAUGUUCCACCUGCCACCCACCACCGGGACUGACAGAAGAAAACAGUACAGAGGGCAAAGUUUACAGAUGUUUUUAAUUCUAGUCUCUUAUCCGGAACAACUUGUAGCAGCUCUAGAUUUCCCCUUGGCCCUGAGCCUGAUACUUCAGCCAUUGUAGCUCACUAACAGGGAGAAGUAGCUAGCAGCAAUGUGCCUUGACUGAUAAAGAUUUCUUGUAGGCAGCAAAAGACCAAAUCUCAGUUGUUUGCUUCUUGCCAUCACCGGCCUAAGUCUUCAAUUCCUAACUCUUUCCCUUUCCCCAGGGUCUGUUGCCACCAUGUGACUUUCACUCAAUCCAAUAUUUUGCCUUUUUUCAGUCUCAGAAACCCUUAUCAUUACCAGGGAUGUUCCUUACCAUGGGUUCUUAGCCCCAAAUCUCUCACAUGCUCUAAUGUUUCAGAAGUUGAGAAAAGUGGGUGCAGUUGAUGUGGUAGGUGAUGAAGAGGCAGUCUUUUUUAGAGGCACAGGGAAGCAGAGUGAGGGCCUGGAGUGGCAGGCUCCUACAUUAGUGCAUCACCUGUGGAACCCCAGCAGUUCAUCUUCCUUUAACUUGGAAUCUCUGCCCCACCAAAAAGGCAAAAUAUAAAAACUCAGAAUGGUUUUAAGAAGUCCUUAACCCCGUGUGCUCUUUGUCUUCAUUUACCUGCUAUCCAGGCUCUCAGUAGAUCUGGCUUCAGCUUCCCGUACUGAGCAUUAGGCUUGGCAUAGUGGUUAAGGAGCACUGGGAUAUAGUCCAAGAUGCAGGUGACGGAUGCCCUUACAGAAUCAGAUCCUGGUAGGUGUUGCCGUGUCCCCUCCAGGGUGACAGUCGUAACUACUAUAAAACAAUAAAGGGAGAAUGGUGCUGUUUAAAGUUACAUCCCUGUUAAUUGCAGAAUUCAAAACUAAUGUUUCUCUUGGUCCACUGGUCUCAUUUCCCUGUUCUAUCCCUGACGCCCUGCCCUAGCCCUUAGAUGUCCCAGUGUUCUCUGAGGAAGCUUUGCUGUAUGUCUUCCCUCAGCCACGCCAAGCCAUCAUCCUCCAUUGCUCCCAGGACUCAGAGAAUUUGUUUCUCUGCUUUCAGCUUCCUGUCUGGCUCAGCAUAGGCUCACUUUGCCAUUAUGCAAAUGGAGAUCAAAGCAAUUCUGACUGUCCAUGAGCUAUCUGACGUUCUGUUGUGUGGAUGACCACAUAAAAAGGCAAUUUAGUGUAUUAAUCAUAGGUUAUUAUAAACUAUAAAUUUAAGGGCAAGGAGUUUAUUACAAUGUAUCUUUACUAAAACAAAAGGGGGUAUAGUGUUCACAAACUGUGAAAAUAGUGUAAGAACUGUACAUUGUGAGCUCUGGUUAUUUUUCUCUUGUACCAUAUAAAA